UCACUAUUAGGUAUCGAGGGAUCACAGUACCACAUACUACCAUAUAUUUUUUCUAAUUUGUGGUACUACAUUUUGGCUUAUAUUAGUAGUUUGUUCUUCAUACUUAUGUUUUUGCAGUAUCUGAUGAAAAAUGGUUAUUUAAAGGAAAAAAUUAUGUGGUUUUAAUAAAUGCGAAAAUCUCUAAUAAAGAAGGGCAAUAUUUUUUAAGUUGAGAAACGAUGUCAUCAGACGCUAGUUUUUGGAAAUUAUUUAUUAUAGCGAGUUUUAUAGUUCACUCACUAAAUGGAGAUACAACUCCUUUACGACAGUGUGAAUCGAUCCGUAUUGAAAUGUGUCGCGGUAUUGGCUAUAAUGAAACGUCAAUGCCUAAUUUAGUGGGCCAUGAACUUCAAGGAGAUGUGGAAUUUACUUUGCAAACAUUUGCACCACUGAUUGAGUAUGUGUGCAGCGCUCAACUCAAGUUGUUUUUAUGCGCCGCUUAUGUCCCUUUAUGCACACCGAAAGUUCCCCUUCCAAUUGGACCAUGUAGAAAUUUGUGUGAAAGCGUAAGGAUGCGCUGCCACCCAGUGCUUCAAGGUUUUGGGUUCCCUUGGCCCCCGGCCCUGGAUUGUAAUAGAUUUCCCAAAGAGAAUAAUCAUGAAACAAUGUGUAUUGAGGGACCUGAUGAAACACACACCGACGUGGGGGAAGGGGAAAGCUUUGGAGGAGCUCCAAUAAACAAGUUGCCCUCAGCAACCCUUUCGCUGGAAUGUCCUGGAUUAUCAAAGUCGCAUAUGUAUGUAAAACUUUAUCGAUCUGGACGCUGUGCGCCAUUAUGCGAAGCUGAUAUAUUAUUUGGUCAACAUGAAAAACAUUUGGCAGAACUGUGGGUGGCUACAUGGACAUAUGCUGAAAUAUUUUUGGCGUUGUUUGCUACAUUGAGUCUUAUACUAAGUGACAAUUCAAAAAAGAAUAACAAUCAAAAAUGGACGCGGGUUUUAACUCCGUUUGUUUGGUGCCAUUUCAUGGUUUCCUUAGGAUGGACUGUACGUUUUAUAGUAGGUAGAACUGGCACAUCGUGUGGGUACGAUCCGCAGCUACCAAAUGUGCUGCUCUUACUGGUAGAUGGCCUUUCGAAUGCAGCUUGUGCGACGACAUUUUUGCUUCGUUAUUAUUUUUUUAUGGCUUCUUGCGCCUGGUGGGCCAUACUUUGUCUUACAUGGCAUAGAGAUGUGCGGCGUAUCAACCCGGAUGAGUUAGAAAAUUAUUCAAUUGACAACUCGGCUACUUGGGUAAGGAAAAGUCGUCCAGCAAAUAUCGAAAAACGAAACGAAAAUUUGGCGAUAAUGGAAAGUAACUUUGCUAGUUUUGCGGCCUGGGGUCUUCCAGCAUUUCAGACUGCUGCCGUAAUUGUGGCUCGACUUGUUGAUGCUGACGAACUACUGGGCGCCUGUUUUGUUGGAAAUCAAUCGGAUAAAGGUUUGCAAAUAUUAGUGGCAACACCGCUUUUUUGCUAUUGGAUUUUUGGCACAAUGAAUCUUGGCUCAGGAUAUCUAGUGUAUCGUCGGUAUAAAUCUAUAUUGAAAAAUAUGUCAACUCAUAUUAUCAAGCAACAAUUGGAGACUAAAUGUCCAAGCUACGACUUUGGAAAAUUUUUAUUCAUAUACUGCAUACCUUGCGCCUUGCUUUUAUUUGCGGCGAUUUAUGAAUUUGCGAACAUUGAUAUUUGGCUUAAUAUACCAGCAUACUUGGUUGCUUCAGAAGGUUUUACAACACCAAUGUGGCCAUUUUUGACAAAAGCUUUUAUGGAAAUAACAUUGGGAAUUAUUUGUUUUGCCUGGUUUCUUGGCCCACGAAUUUCUGUAAUAUAUAAACAGCAGGUAAAGAUGCGCAAUACAAAAGAAGGACCAUUACCCACAAAUACGCAAAGGUCCAGUCGCAAUGCAAACCAUAAUUAUAGUUACAGUACGGCAUCUUAUCAAACUAUGCGCCCCGCAAUAAAUGCAUAUUCACAACGACGAUCCCCAAUGAGUUUUUCUAUGUAUCAAUUAUCUAAAUAUUCCAACAAAAAAGCCCAAAGUAUCCACAAUCCAAAGAAUCUACAGAAGAGCCGUUAUUAUGUAAGACCAGCACAAAUGCAUUUUGAAUGUUGUGGAGACGAAACUAUUUUGUAACUGCAUAUUUAGUUUUCUUGCCUCAAACUGUGUAACAAUAAGACUGUGAUAAACAUAGCAGUAUAAAUUUUUUCCAAACUUCUAUUUGUAGAUUACUUAUACUAAUGUAGCUAUAAAUGUUAUGUACUGCCUAGAGGAAAACGUACUUAGUUCUUGUAUUACUUUUGAAAAGUGCCAUUAAUUCUAACUGUAAAAUAGUCUUAUAUCCUAGAAGCUAUGAAGGUGUCAAAAUACACACGUAUUUUAUGAUUAAUAUGUACAUACCUAUAUACAUAUUUAACAAUGCAGCUAUCUGUGGUGUACAACUGCAAAGCGUAUGAAUCAAACGGUUUAAUCAAGAAGCGAAGUAACAUAUGUAAAUGAAAGAUAAAACUAAAAAUUCUUUAAAUGUGCUUUAUUUGUGCCUAAUGAUUAUAAUACAUAAUUAAGAAAGUAAUUGUAAAUAUUUCGGAAUUCUAAGCAUAUUUGUAACACCUGUAUGUAUAUGCAAAUGUACGUAUGUAGUAUGUAUUUAUACACACAUACAUGACUGUAAAAUAUAAUUAUUAAAACUAG